ACUCCUCCCGCAGACAUACCCAACCCGCCAUAUCUCUCUCUCUCUCUCCGAUUCUGCGAAGCUCCUCCGCAGCUCUUCUUCUUCUUCGGUCGAGGGUUUCCCUGAUCCUUCCUCCUCCUCCUCCUCCUUGCAUGCUGCUGCUGCUGCUGCUGCGCUUCCUCGCCUGACGUCGGUGGCCGCCGGAGCUGGUUGCAGAUCUCGCCGCCGUCUGACGAGAAAGGAGAAACUGUGUGACUGAGGAUCGAGAAGGGGCUUGGUGGAAUCUCAGAGAUUGAAGAAGCUGUUCUUGCUGUUUAAUUUUGAGAUCCAGUAUUGCGGUUUUGAGUUGAAGAAGUAUCCCAAAUCUCUUGAUUCUGUUCCGGUCUCAACUAGGAGUUACCGCUUGAAAAUGGGUUAUAUAUGUGAGUUCUGUGGAGAGCAGAGGUCUAUGGUGUAUUGCCGAUCUGAUGCUGCAUGCUUAUGCUUAUCAUGUGAUCGGAAUGUUCAUUCUGCCAACGCCCUUUCGAGGCGCCAUUCCAGAACGCUGUUAUGUGAGAGGUGUAAUUCACAACCUGCUGUUGUUAGAUGUGCAGAAGAGAGGGUCUCGCUUUGUCAGAAUUGUGAUUGGAUCGGUCAUGGGGCAUCUACCUCUGCAUCAACACAUAAGAGGCAAACAUUAAACUGUUAUUCUGGUUGUCCCUCAGCAGCAGAGCUUUCUUCAAUCUGGUCUUUUGUGCUAGACUUCCCCAGUGUACGCGAUUCCACGUGUGAGAAGGAAAUGGGGUUGAUGAGCAUAGCAGAGGAGGGUGAAAACGCAGCUUGCAUUCCGCCAAAAGAUAGCAGUAGCCAAGAUGUAUCUGUUUGUGCUGAUGUUGAGGCUGGGAAGGCAAAGGUUUGGGUCGGGUCAUCUUCAUUGCCGGAACUUAAAUCAGUGUCUCUGAACGUGGGUCAGCCGGCUGCAUCUGCAAGCACAGCGACUCCUAAGGUGUGCAUCCCUAUUACAAAAAGUCCGGGGCUUUUUGAAGACGAUAGGUUCUAUGAGGAUUUCAACAUGGAUGAAGUGGAUUUGGAUCUUGAAAAUUAUGAAGAACUUUUUGGUGUUGCCCUAACUAACUCAGAAUUGCUGUUUGAGAAUGGUGGGAUCGACAGCUUAUUUGGGACAAAGGAAAUGUCUGCUGGUGAUUCCAACUGUCAGGGUCCAGUAGUUGCUGAGGGAUCAUCUUCUGGACACGCAAUACAGCCUGCAUGCAGUGUUGCCUCGGCUGAGUCUAUGAUGAGCUCUAAAACCGAGCCUGUUAUUUGUUUUUCGACAAGACAACCCCAUUCCAAUCUCUCAUUCUCUGGUCCUAUUGGAGAGAAUAGCGCUGGUGAUUAUCAAGAUUGUGGGGCUUCAUCAAUGCUUCUUAUGGGAGAGCCUCCAUGGUCUACCCCUGGUCCUGAAAAUUCAUUCACAUCAGCAAGCAGGAGCAAUGCUGUGAUGCGUUACAAGGAAAAGAAGAAGUCACGCAAGUUUGAGAAGAAGGUGAGAUAUGCCUCUCGUAAAGCUAGAGCUGAUGUGCGAAGGCGAGUGAAGGGCCGCUUUGUCAAGGCUGGUGAUGCUUAUGACUAUGACCCAUUGAGCCAAACCAGAAGCUACUGAGUUGACGUAUAUAUUCCCAGAGGGAAAAAACCCUCACCUUCUAUUUGCAAAUAGUUGGUUCGAUGGGAAGUGGAUGGAGCAGGUGCAAUUCUAUCGAUUGCCUUGACUAUCUGCAUGAUGGUGACACUGGAGCCUCAGUUAUAGCCAAGAGAGCUGAAUAUGAAAGGGAUGGUGGGAUGGCAUUACUGAAAUGUGGGAGCUGAUCGUAGUCCUCGUCGCCAUAAAGAAUUAACUAAUCGCGAAAUUCCUCCUGCCAAAUUGUACAAAUAUCAUUUGCUUGGCAGUUCCUGUUGCCUUGCCAUCCUCUGGGCCUCUUCACUGUGCUAUAAGGGGGAAAUCGUAAUUGGUGCCAACUAGACAAAGUUAGGGACGUCAUAAAUGAUAAUAUGGGGUAGGCUUUUGUCUACCUCUUUCUCUGAAGCUCUUCCUGCAUUUGGCUGCUCGACUCUGUGAUUGGUCAAAUUUACAGUUUCAACUGAAGCUCAGGUUAGUGCUUUUAUUGUUUCUAUUGCAAUUCAUGUGUAAGACAGCUGGGAAAAGAAAAUCACACUUUCAUGUAUAGGCAGGAUAUAAAUAUAUGUGGAAUAGUGAAGGACCAAAUCUGGCUAUGGUCAGCGAAGUUAUUGUAGCGUUUCAUUCAGUACACAUUUCUGUGUAGCACAGGGAUCUCCUGUACGUUCUUGCAGGGAAUAAUCUGUACUUAUUUCAUGUGAGAUUCAUUUUUGUCUGCUGCGAAGUAUAUGAACACUGAGUGCAGUGUAAUUUCUCGUGUAAAACUUGUCGCCGUACUAGCUGUCACUUCUUCUAUGGGAUUUAAAUUAUCGAUUGAUGGCUC